UCUAGUACUUCUUACUUUUAUGAGUAAUUUGUAGGUCUUGGCCCUGGGAUAGGCAACCAGGAACUCCCACAGUAUAUUUGUUCCUCUAGGUGUCUACCUGUGGGUCUGAAGUCAGGUGUCCAGAUGUGUGAUGUGUCCAGAGCUUAGACAUAAAAUCUGUCAAAAAAGAGAGCUGAAUGAUGUUCAUAUGUCCUGCAGAUUCUGCCUGGAGAUACAAAUUUUAUCCAUUAUAUGUCCAGUGGUAGGCAUAAUAACACAACAGCUGCUAUUCCAAUCCAACUUUGCAGAAGUUAAACCUAAUAAUUCCUGGACUAAUGCUUUAAAGUGGAUCAAGUUACACACUAGAUAUAUUCCUGAAAAGAUUUUUGUAUGUGGAAUUUUAAAAACAUAACAGUAUUUUUAACAUAGAAGAGAACACUAGGGUGAAUACUUUUAUGGCACAAGAUUUAUGUUCUCUUUGGAUGAAAUGAAAUUACUUCUUGAUAUAUCUAUAAGUUAAGGGAAUUGGAUUAGAUAAUCAUUAAAUACUUUUUCAGAUCCUGUUUCUAUUUGGCUUUUGAAGAUCAGAAAGGUGGCUUAUGUAAGUGUCCAGACCCUGAACGUGAAAUCAUGGCCCUCCCUUUCCAAAAAGAGCUGGAGAAAUACAAGAACAUUGAUGAAGAUGAACUUCUUGGUAAACUCUCAGAAGAGGAACUAAAGCAGUUGGAAAAUGUUCUUGAUGACCUAGAUCCUGAGAGCGCGCUUCUGCCAGCAGGUUUCCGGCAGAAAGACCAGACACAGAAAGCAGCCACGGGCCCCUUUGACCGGGAGCACCUCCUUUCAUAUUUGGAAAAAGAAGCACUGGAACACAAAGACAGGGAAGACUUUGUACCCUUCACUGGAGAAAAGAAAGGAAGGAUCUUUAUCCCCAAAGAAAAGCUACAAGAAACCCAUAAAGAAGAAAAAGUGACUCUUGACCCAGAACUGGAAGAAGCUUUAGCUAGCGCCUCUGAUACUGAACUCUAUGAUCUUGCAGCUGUUCUUGGAGUUCACAAUUUAGUCAAUAAUCCACGGUUUACUGAAGAAGUAGCCAGUAAUGAUAAUGGCAAAAGCCCUCCUAGAAAUGUUGUCAAAGGUGAAAAGGUCAAGCCAAUAUUUGAGGAACCACCCAAUCCCACAAAUGUGGAAGUAAGUUUGCAGCAGCUGAAAGCCAAUGAUCCCAGCCUUCAGGAAGUCAACCUCAACAAUAUUAAGAAUAUUCCAAUUCCAACCCUGAAGGAGUUUGCAAAGGCUCUGGAGACCAACACCCAUGUGAAAAAGUUCAGCCUGGCUGCCACCCGCAGCAAUGACCCUGUGGCAAUUGCUUUUGCAGAUAUGUUAAAAGUAAACAAAACAUUGAAAAGUCUAAAUAUUGAAUCCAACUUUAUCACUGGAACUGGGAUUCUGGCCCUAGUGGAUGCCCUGAAAGAAAACGAGACCCUGACAGAGAUCAAGAUAGACAACCAGAGACAGCAGUUGGGAACGGCUGUAGAAAUGGAAAUUGCCCAGAUGCUUGAGGAGAACUCUGUGAUUCUCAAAUUUGGUUACCAGUUUACAAAACAAGGUCCAAGAACCAGGGUAGCAGCUGCUAUCACAAAGAAUAACGAUCUAGUUCGCAAGAAACGAGUAGAAGGUGACCGGCGAUAACCCAGCCAUUGGAGAAGUGCUGCUCUGCCUAAGGCAGCUAGCUGUUAAGAUUGCAACCUUAAACUCUUGCCCCAGCGAGACCAUUUUUACAAAGGUCAUUCAUUUCCGUUAAUUGCUCCCUCUUUAUUCACACCACUAAUACUGUUAACUUUAUUUUGUUUGUGUGUGAUAUCAUUUCCCUCUGAUGAAUAAUGUGCACAUAUUUUUAUUUUCAUCAUGUGUGAUUCUGGCAUGCACAGUGAACAGUGGAUUGAUAUAGACUUUAGUUGAGUGGCAACCAUCAGGAACGACAUUAACUGCCUUCAUGUAGAGAUUUCUUGCCCAGUUUAUUCAGUGUAAACAACCUGUGUUUUACUUCCCACAGAAGCUCAUUUUUAACCACAAAGAGGAUUUUAGCACAUCAGGUAUGUUUUUAGUAUAGUUGUUUUUAUCAAGCCCUAGCUCUGUUUACAUACACUGCUUUGAGUUAGGCUAAUUGUCACAGAGACAUUCUGCUGACAUAACAAAAGAAAUGUGCCAGUAUUGCCAACCCUCUAUUGGGUGACAGUAUAGAUAGAUUCCGUGGGACUGGAAAAUUAUUGGAAGAACACACCCUACUUAUGGUGGGCCAGUAGUAUUAUCAUCACAUAUGGAAGAGCAUCACCUUUUCUAACAGCCUUAGGAAAACAACUGCAAAGUAUUUACCAGCCCAAAAUAUAAUAUUAACCAGCUAAGAGAUCAACAGGUAGUGAAAUUAAUUAAAGCUCCUUUCACUACUUGUCCAGCAUAAAUUGUUUCUUACUAUCAAGCAAUGGUAACCAUUUGAAAGGCUGUUUUAGCAUUUUUCAAACAUCGUUUUUAACAUUUUAACAAAAGGUAAAAGAUUUUUGGAGUUCUGAAUUCCUUUUAAAUUCACCAUACUACUGCUCAUCAAGAUUUUCUUUUAACUGCACUUUUGAAAUGCAUUGUUUGAACUAAUUUUAAACCUCUGUGGCUUUGUCUACAUAGUGCCAAAAUACAGAAUGAAAAGUGAAAAAAUCAGAUCAGUUCUGUAUACCUGCUUUGUCUCUCCACUACAGAAGGUCUCCUCAUUUGUGAACCAGUUCAGACUGGAUUUUUCACUUGUCAUCAAAUGUUUCUCAUAGUGCAGACACAGCCUAUGAGAAUACAAAUGACUUAACUGGAUAUUGAAUCUGCACAAGUUUUUAACCUAAUCAUUCAGUACUAAAUGAAAGAAAAAAGCAUGCUACAACAACAACAGUAGGCAGCCUUGGGCAUUGGUGCUACCUAGUGGUAUAUAAGGUAUUCUGCAACUCCUCUCUAUGCAUAUUUCUUUUUUUUUCCUUCUUAUCUUUUCCUGUCUCCCAUUUCUCCUAUUUUUCUCCUUAACUUUCUUUUUCUUUUCCUUCCUUCCUUUCUUCCUAAUUUUUCCUUAUUUCCCAACUAAGCCUGGAGUAUACCAGCUGGCACACAUAGAGACCAAAUUCAGAGUUUAAAUUCUAUGGCCAAUUAUCUCUGCUAUGUAGACCCAAUUUUUCUCAGCAGCAUUAAAAUAAGUUAAUGAGAAAAUGAAUAUAUGUUGUGUUACAGCUCUUAAUUUGUAGAAUAUUAGAUCAACAUUUAGUACAGUCUUUGUUUUAAAAAUGAAGUAUUUCUAAUCACUAUGUCUUGUGUUGUUAUCCUUAUCUACAUUUGGAUCUUCAAAACAGCCUAAAUUAUUUUUUCUAGAAUAUUUAUAUAGUGACGGUUAUAGUUGACAUAUAUGCUGAAAUCUAUAGACACUAUAAGCAGUUGUAUUUCAGCUCUUUAUGGUUUAAAAAAAAUAGCUGAUAGCUGCGGUAUGAAAUGAGAUUUUAUUAUGUACUCCAAAUGUACUCCAAAUAUAGUGGGUCUUUUCAUAAUCAUCCUGAUGUUCCCUUUCCAACUUUGUAGGACAUCAUAAAGUUUCUCAAGCCAGUAAGCCGAAAAAACCCACUGUAGAAAAUUCGAUAGGACCAGUUCAUAUAUAGAACCCCUUACUUGAAAUAGCAGUCUCUAUUUUCACCAGCCAUCAAAUAUCACAGCACAGAGAUUAUUAAACAAAUGUCUAAGCUUACCACCAUCUUUAAAAAUAAAGGAAGUAUGACCUAAUGGACUAGAGUGCUGAGCUUGGGGUAAGAAAGAUCUAAGUAUAAAUCUAGCCCCAAGAGACUUACUAGCUUAUGAACCUAGGCAAAUCCAGACUCCUCUCUGAACCUAUUUCCUUAUCUAUAAGAGUGAUGUUAAUACUAUCACCUACUUUACAGGUUUGUAUGAGGCUCAAAUGUGAGAAGGUGACUAAACCUUAAAAGCAUUGUAUCCCUAUCAGUUCCUAUUGAUCACAUAUCUGCUAACACCUUGUUCUACCCUCAUACAAAAAUCAAAACAAAUAACAACAAAAUUCAGUCUUCACCUUAGAUCAACUUUUCAUCAAUGAAGAAUUGAGAAAGACAUUUAUUCCCUAGCCAGAAGUGAAACAAGUUAUAAUCAAUGAACUAAUGCAUUUUUAGCAAGAUGAUAUUAUUAAAAAAUUCAGAUAAACAGUCUGAAUUCCUAUAUUCUAAGCAUUGUCAGAAAUGCACAGCAUUACCCACAAGUAACUUGGAAUUUAGUCGUAAAAGAACUUGUGUAUUUCUUUGUAAAUCUUUUGGUUGUAGGAAUGGGAAUACGUGAAAUGGGGACUUGUUGAAACACUUUCGAAUCACCAAACUGAGAGCAGGGAUUGUGCCUUACCUACACUCUGUAUUGUUCCCACCAUAAUGAACUGGUUUUUAAUAUAUCUUUUUUGAAUUUAUUUUAGUUGAAAUUUAGCUAUAUUCUUGAUACCCAGCAGGUGUGGCUAUAGAUGAUAGUUUAGCUGUGGACUACUCUUCCCAACCACACCUAUCUCUACCCAGGCACUGGUUCAGGUUGUGACCUUGACUUGAGGUCCUUUGCUCUCUCCUGUGUGUGGAGGAACAGAGGGUGGGAGAGAAGUUGUGAUGGAAAAGCCCAAAGGCCCCUUGUUCAGAACCACCCCUCAAUUAGUUAUGAGGGUGGGUCAGUCUAUGAUAAGCCAUAUAUAGUUGUUUUUCUCUGCAAAGUUAAAAAGGUUAAACAUACAAAUUAUUCAUAAAAUUCAUAAAACUCUGGGCCUUCAGGAAAUCCUCCAAUUACUGAUGUGAAAGUGGGGUGUUUAAACUAGUUGAAUUCUAUAUUGUCAAUUAUCCUCAGACUUCCCUUCUCCUUAUCACACUCUGUAGCAAAAAUAUCAACUCAGGAUAUAAUUAAAAUGAUCUUUACCUAGAAAACCAUCAUGAAAAAUAUAAAUAACCAGUAAGCAAAAAAGUUGAACAUGGCAAAGAAAUACUUAAUAAUAACUAUGCCAUCUAUCUUACAUAACAAUAAAACAGGAGAAAAUAAUCAACAUUCUGUAGAAUUUCUGAAGUCUCUUUGCAAAUCCAAAGCCUACAGUUUCCUUUCUCUUUUCUAUAAUUACCUAGGGCCUGGAAAAGGGAAGGUCAAAAUAGCUGUUCUACCACAAAACAACCAUUUAUAAUCCUUUAAUUCCCCAUAUUUCUUCCUACUUUAGAUAUUCCAGUUGCUUCCUCCUAAACAAAUAAAACAGAAACAAAAACACCUAAGUUCAUAAGAUGCCAGAAGUGGAAAAACAAUGGUGUGUCAUUUCCAAAGGAAGUUUAACAAAACUUGAUAAGGAGAUGUAGGAACCAUAUUCUUAACAAAAGUCAGGCCUCCUGCUAGUGAAUUGGCAAGUCUCUAAAGACAUGUUUUGAAUCCAUUCGCAGGAGAUAAAAGGUGUUAGCUACCACUCCCACCCCCAUUCCUUUCCUUUUCUUCAACCUUGAACCUCUUUAUUUUUGCGGUUUGUAUAUUUAAAAAACUGAUUGGGGGUAUUUGAAGGGAAGGAGGAGGAACUGAAGGUUAAUUGCCUAAUGGCAAAACUUAAUAGCAGUUCAACUCCACUCCCCACUGAGCUAUUUCCUGCCUGCUGUACAAACAGCUAUUAUUGCACCAUCAGUGAAAAAGGGACUAAGAACAGCAAACUUUAAAUUUGCAACCUGAUCUCGAGCAUUUCUCCUUCAAAGAUAUGCAAAAAGCUCCUUUUUCUCAUUUUCACUCAUUGGCACUGAGAAAAAGGGAAAACUGAAUCCCAGCAUCAUUUCAUUUUGAGCCCAAACACUGUGAAUUGCUUAUAGAGGAUGGUUGACCUGAAAAAGUGAGAGCAGAGGGAACUGGUAUGAUUUAUUUAAAGAAACUGGAAAUAUUUAAGACUUGGAAGGUGGAGGGAGGAAGAGGGUAUAGCAAGAUAAUUGGGUUCAAAUAUCUGAAACAUUGUCAUGUGGAAGAAGAAUUAGACUCGGCUCCUAAACACAGACUUUGCUAUGGGUGGGAAUUUACAAAGGAGGCUGAUUUCAAUUCAAACAUAAACACUUUCCAACAUUUUCCAACAAUUAAAGCUGUCCAAAAUCAGAAUCAGCUGUCACAAAGAAUUCCGCAUCAUAGUAGAUCUCAAAGUGAGAACUGAAUGUUCAGUCUUUGGGAAUGCAGAUUAGAUUUAUGAUGUGAAUAAGGAAUGAAUCAGAUAAUCUCUGAGAUCUUGUCAGGCUCUUUGAAAUCUGUUAUCUUAUUCUAUAACCUGUUGGGCCUCUUCCUCAUCCCUGAAUUUGUCCAUUUUUGAGGCUAAAUAAAGUCAAGAUAGAUGAGGAUAAAUUCAUCUGAGGUCAAGAUUUUGUUUGGGAAGUUGAAAUUGGUAACUUUAGUCAUUUAACAUUAAGCCUAUAAGUAGAUCUUAUUGUUUUUCAAGAGCAAGAAGUCUUUUAAGACAUAUAUACAGUAAUAUGUUUUAUUAUAAAUAAAAUAAAAAUAAAACAUAUUUUGUAAGGUUUUUAAAUAAUUAUUUGUGUCACUUUGAAUAGAGAAGACCUACAUGUGAUUGUGCACCUGAUCUUCCUGUCAGCUUUGUCUACUCCUCCCAAGUAUGAUUGGUUUCUAGGGGUAAAUGGGGUAAGGAGAUAUUAUUCACUUCCUCCAUUUCUUCCUUUUUCUAUUCUUGAUCUGGUUUUGUUUCCAUUAUGGUAUUAAAAUCAAUCUGCCUGGAUUGAGCCCCAUUCUAAUAGAUGAAGGAAGAAAACUGCUAUAACAGGAAUUUGGCUCCGGGGCCCAGGGUUAGGGAGAGGAACAGAAAGGGCCCAAAGAAAAGGGAGAAUCAUAAAACAGUCUGUAAUGUGGUACUGUUACACUCCUUUUGUUAUCAAGCUCCAAGGGAGUUCUCCUUACCCAGCAGCCUCAUUACAGGUGCUAGUUCUGGUGCUAAAGGGGAAAAAUUUAACCAUUUUAUAUCAGAUUAGGUUUUCCCCUAUCAUAGCAGCCACUUCAUUAUCACCAGCAGGCAAGCAUUGGUUGUGAUACCAUCAAGACUACCAGGAACCUUUAUGACCCAAAGCCCUCUCCUAAGAGCUGUAUUUCAUCACCAUUCUAUGAAAAAGAUGGGAAAGCAAAUGGUUAUUUGCAAGUCAGAAAACUAAGUUACUUCUGAGUUGGGGUUCACAUCAGUGCAGUCAAUAAUAAAAGAGGAAGCUUUCAUACUUAGUGUUAUCAGCAUAUAUAAUUAACUAUUCACAUUAAUAGGGGAGAAGCAGUAGCAUGGAUAACAAAAUAUAAAAUAAUGCACAUAUUCUUUCCAUACUUAUAAAAUGAAGAAAAUAAUGCUUACAUUACCUGGCUUGCGUGGUUAUUUCAAAGAUGCCUAAUUUCCUAAUUACCCUAUUUAUUCAUACAAUUCCCCUUUUAAGUAGAAAUUUUAUCACUAAAUAAUGUGAAAAUACUUUUAAAAAUAAUGCUAUACAAAUGCAAGGUGGUAUGGUAUUUAGUUAGGAUGAUGCAUUAUAUUUUUGUAAGAAAUCUACCUUUCUCACUAACAUGUUUAUUUGCAUAAGUCCCUUUAUUCCUUUCCUAGGAGAAAUGUUUGUUACUAUAUAAAGAGGAUUAAUAAUUAAGGUGGCACAAAUUCUAAUCCUAGUAUUACCACAUACCAGCCUUUUGCCUGGUCUCAGUUUCCUUUACCUGUUAAAUGAACUGAAAUAGAACUAAAAUUAUUUCCAGCUUUUAUUUGAUUAUUUCUAAUUCCUUGUUUUGCUUCUCUGGAUAGAAAGGAACCUAGGAGAUCCUGAUCCACUAAUACAGCAUCAUUUCCCUCUUAGUUGAAACUCUGAAAGUUUGAUAAGAAAACAAAAUUUUAAAAGUGGCCAAGAGACAUUCUUUCAAUGAAAAGGGAUCUUUUAACCCUCUUCUGUGACUUUUACCAAGUCUUUGAAGGGAGUUCUAACAAGCACAUUGCCAAGAGGGCAAUCAUGUGCGUGGGAAAAAAAAAAAAAAAAGUAAUUUUUUCUCCAAG